AGUGCAGGGGUCCCAGACGCACCACCUCCCGGCUGCCCCGACCUCGCGGGCGCCCUCCUCCGGGGCUGAUCAUUAACCCGGAGGCCUCAUAAGGAGCCAGUGGCCUCGGAGAGAGGGACACCUGGGCGCCGCCGCAGCCAUGGACAGUACCACCUGGAGCCCCACGACCGCCGUCACCGAGGCGCCCCUCGCCUCCCACGAGCGCAUCCGCAAUGCCGCCGACAUCUCCGUCAUCGUCGUCUACUUCGUGGUGGUGAUGGCUGUCGGGCUGUGGGCCAUGUUUUCUACGAAUCGUGGGACCGUUGGAGGCUUCUUCCUGGCAGGACGAAGUAUGGUGUGGUGGCCGAUUGGAGCGUCCCUCUUCGCCAGUAACAUCGGGAGUGGCCACUUUGUGGGGCUGGCCGGGACGGGAGCAGCGGCAGGCAUUGCCACCGGGGGCUUUGAAUGGAACGCCCUGAUUUUGGUGGUUGUGCUGGGCUGGGUGUUUGUCCCUAUUUACAUCAAGGCUGGGGUGGUGACGAUGCCAGAGUACCUGAGGAAGCGAUUUGGAGGCAAACGGAUCCAGAUAUACCUCUCCAUUCUGUCCCUGUUGCUCUACAUUUUCACCAAGAUCUCGGCAGACAUCUUCUCAGGGGCCAUCUUCAUCAACUUGGCCUUGGGCCUGGAUCUGUACCUGGCCAUCUUUCUCUUAUUGGCCAUCACUGGCAUUUACACGAUCACAGGGGGCCUGGCGGCUGUGAUUUACACGGACACCUUGCAGACGGCCAUCAUGCUCGUGGGGUCUUUCAUCCUGACCGGGUUUGCUUUCAACGAAGUGGGAGGGUAUGAGGCCUUCAUGGAAAAGUACAUGAACGCCAUUCCGACCAAAGUUUCUGAUGGAAACAUCACCGUCAAGAAGGAAUGCUACACCCCCAGGAACGACUCCUUCCACAUCUUCCGAGACCCCCUCAAGGGAGACCUGCCGUGGCCUGGCCUCGUCUUUGGGCUGUCCAUCCUCGCCCUGUGGUACUGGUGCACAGAUCAGGUCAUUGUGCAGCGCUGCCUGUCAGCCAAAAACAUGUCUCACGUGAAGGCGGGCUGCGUGAUGUGCGGGUACCUGAAGCUGCUGCCCAUGUUCCUCAUGGUGAUGCCAGGGAUGAUCAGCCGCAUCCUGUACACAGAAAAAAUUGCCUGUGCCCUCCCCUCGGAAUGUGAGAAAUAUUGCGGCACCAAGGUUGGCUGUACCAACAUCGCCUACCCGACCAUGGUGGUGGAGCUCAUGCCCAACGGACUGCGAGGCCUGAUGCUGUCCGUCAUGCUGGCUUCUCUCAUGAGCUCCCUGACCUCCAUCUUCAACAGCGCCAGCACCCUCUUCACCAUGGACAUCUACACCAAGAUCCGGAAGAGAGCAACCGAGAAAGAGCUCAUGAUUGCAGGAAGAGUGUUCAUCCUGGUGCUGAUUGGCAUCAGCAUCGCCUGGGUGCCCGUCGUACAGUCCGCACAAAGUGGGCAGCUCUUCGACUACAUCCAGUCCAUCACCAGUUACUUGGGACCCCCCAUCGCCGCUGUCUUCCUGCUCGCUAUCUUCUGCAAGAGAGUCAAUGAGCACGGAGCCUUCUGGGGACUGAUCAUAGGAUUUCUGAUUGGGGUGUCCCGUAUGAUCGCCGAGUUUGCUUAUGGGACCGGGAGCUGCAUGGAGCCUAGCCAAUGCCCCACGAUCAUCUGUGGUGUGCACUACCUGUACUUUGCCAUCAUCCUGUUUGCCAUUUCUAUCAUCAUCAUCCUCCUCGUCUCCCUCUGCACCAAGCCCAUUCCCGAUGUGCAUCUCUACCGCCUGUGUUGGAGCCUGCGCAACAGCAAAGAGGAGCGGAUCGACCUGGAUGCCACCGAGGAGGACAUCGAUGAAGCCCCGGAGGAGACCUUUGAAAUAGAAGCCCCCGAGGAGAAGAAAGGAUGCUGCAGGAAGGCCUACGACCUGUUCUGCGGCCUGGACCAGCAGAAGGGCCCCAAGAUGACGAAGGAAGAGGAGGCAGCCAUGAAGCUGAAGCUGACCGACACGUCCGAGAAGCCUCUGUGGCGGACCGUGGUGAACAUCAACGGCAUCAUCCUGCUGGCCGUGGCCGUCUUCUGCCACGCCUACUUCGCCUGAGUCCUGCCUUUGGCCGCCGGCCGCAAUCACGAAGGCCAGACUGCUUACUCUGCCCCCCGCUAGUCCCAUCCUGGGGUGUUGAAGGGAAACCAGCCGGUUGUAAAUAUUGCCCAGUCGAUAAAUGUGUCCACGUGCCAUUAUAGGAGAGCCGGACCAAGGUAACGAGUUUGCUGUGAACUUAGGCAUCUGAGGCCAGUGUGAUGCAGGCAGCUGUACGUAGCGUGUCAGAGCCGCGGAAGAAAAGUCCGCGCAUGGAUGGGAGUGCAGACCGAGAAACAGCAUCCCGGCGAUGCGGGGGGGCACAUGGUCUCAGGUCGAUUGAGCGUGCCCACCUUGUUUGUGACCCUUGAUUAUUAAUUUCCAGAGUUGUGGCCUCCCUGGUUCCUGCCACUUUCUCUAUCGGAUCCCCCAUAUCCCUUUUUCUGUGUGUUUUUUUUUUAAAGAAAGAUUUCACUCUUCAGCAUACCCCUGUCAAGUUGUGUUUUUGGUGCAAGAAAAGUCAAUCCGAUAAACUGAUCAACUCAUGGAAGCCGAGGGUGGGAGCUUGCUGGUCCCUAUCCUGGGUGCUUGCUCGUUGAAGGAGAGAACAAUGAGGGGGGGCCUGAGAGUAGUACCUACCCCAAAGGGGCACAGAGCCAGAUGGAAGUAUUGCUGUCACGAGAGAGGCAUUUUUACCGUUUUGGAAGGUCCACAAAGCGGCCACAAAGCAGCGACCGCCAACAAUAGUCAAGAAUAAUGAUACUGAGCAAACCAUCCACAACUCUCAAGGCCCGUGGCGGGUGGGGGUGGGGAGAUAAUCUUGAGUCAAGAGGAUUUCCUGGUCUCCUUAAAAAUGUCCACUGGGGGUGCCCCGUGUUUGGGAUUUCACUCACGUUGGCAUUCGCGGUGCCUGGAAUGUUUUAGCCCCUCGGCAUCGUGUGUGUGGACUGGAUGACUAAUAGGGGCAUUGUUCAUGAACGCAUGCUUUGUUUUUGGGUUCACCUUGUCCUGUGGCUGCAGGAAGUACACCCUGUAGUGACUGUCAUGCCUUCCCAGAGGCCUCUCUUCCUCAUGAUGUGGGUGUUGACAUAUUGACUUAGAAGUUGACUCUGUGUCAUGUCCCAGAGCAAAUGUGCCUCUUGUGUGUGUGUGUGUGUGUGUGUGUGUGUGUGUGUGUGUGUGUGUGUGGCGGGGGGAUCCGCCAUCUCAAAGCCACCACGCUGUCCUGAACUAUUGAGACAAUUAGCCUGAGAUCCUCCUCCCCUCGAGUUCACGUGACCACAGCCCUUACUCUUCCCAGCUGUCUAGACCGGCCAUCACCCAUUGACCAAGGUGAGGGCAGGUGGUCUCCGUCCCGGGUGGGAGCGCGCCACACAUUUCGCUAAGCGGAGUGUAUUUCUGGUUGAACGUGUUUGUGUCCCAGGGAGAAGGUUUUAAAAUGCAGUGACUUUAAAUAGAAUUCUUUCUGUUCCACCUGUGAAAUCUCAACUACAUGGCAAUAGAGUCUCAGGAAGGUGAAGGAAAGGUCCGGAUGUUAGUUAGCAUGGACCCAUCUCAGGCGAGCUUGGAGAAGAGCUGGGAUCUGGGGCUCCACGGGGCUGAGAGUGGUCCCUGGGUGUAAAAACGGCUCAGCAGGUGAAGGAGGGGCUUGCUCCUGUGGAAGGAAACCCAGAGGUCACUGUUUGCCGAGCCCUUCUUUCCCCCUAAAGCUAGGAAGGGGAGAGGGAAGCGUGCAGCGUUCCACGUGGCUGGCAUGGCUCGGCGCACGCGGCUUCGUGUGGAGUCUGUGGUACUGUUGAGGUUGGAGAGGAUACAGGGACAGGAUCGAUGGCUGGUGGACGGCGUGGGCACGAAGCAUCUCGAUGGUCUUGGAGCCGGAGUCUGGCUUUGCCAAUGAUUCGCCGUGUCUAUGGUGAUAAAUUAUUUUGUCUCGACGGUGUAUUGUUUUCUCUUUGAAAACAUGGGAACCUUGGUGCUUGUAGAUCUACCUACCUCCUCUGGGUGUGACGAGGUCACGUGGAAGCGGGGAUGGGCGAUACAUCCAGGAGAGAUGCCGUACGGGUGUCCUAUUAAACUGCAUUAAACCCCUAAUGAAAAUGUAUUACUUUGAUAAAAAAUAAACACACCAAAAACCAUGA